GUCGCUUGUUGAUACAGCUCCAAUUCCUGAUCCAGCUCCGGAUCUAGCUCCGGAUCCAGCUCCGGAUCUAGCUCCUGAUCCAGCUCCGUAUCCAACUCUUGAUCCAGAUCUGGAUCCAGCACCGGAUCUGGAUCCAGCACCUCGGGCUACAACCGAUUGUUUCUGAUAUCUGAUGUAGAUGGCACAUCGGACGACGCCUUGUUUGGGGUCCUCACUGGACGCUCGGCGCCAGUCUCUCCGCUCCGCGAAGCAGAAAGUAAAUACGAGUCUUCAGUCGUCCAACAAUGAACAUAGAGCUGCUCGUUCUUUCUUAUGAAUUACUGGCUCAGACUUUGGAUUAAACAUCGGGAUUUCUCUCACUUUACUCAUGGAUAAUUUCCUGCUUCUUUCUGAAUCGUUCGGGCAGAACUAUCCAGAGGAGGCAGAUGGCACUCUGGACUGUAUCAGUAUGGCCCUCACCUGCACCUUCAACCGCUGGGGCACCCUGCUGGCCGUGGGCUGCAACGACGGACGCAUCGUCAUCUGGGACUUCCUCACGCGGGGCAUCGCCAAAAUCAUUAGCGCCCACAUCCACCCGGUCUGCUCUUUAUGCUGGAGUCGUGACGGUCACAAGCUGGUGAGUGCCUCCACAGACAACAUCGUCUCGCAGUGGGACGUCCUGACGGGAGACUGUGACCAGAGGUUCCGCUUCCCGUCACCGAUCCUGAAACUGCAGUGCCACCCGAGAGACAUGGACAAGGUGCUGGUGUGUCCCAUGAAGUCCGCCCCGGUGCUGCUCACUCUGUCAGACUCCAAACACGUCGUGCUGCCUGUUGACGACGACUCCGACCUGAAUGUGGUGGCGGCCUUCGACAGGCGGGGGGAGUUCAUCUACACUGGCAACGCCAAAGGAAAGAUUCUGGUGUUGAACACAAACACUCAGGAGCUGGUGGCUUCCUUCAGAGUGACAACGGGCACCAGCAACACCACUGCCAUCAAAUCUAUUGAAUUUGCACGGAAGGGCAGUUGCUUCCUCAUAAACACAGCAGACCGGAUCAUCAGGGUGUACGAUGGCAGGGAGAUAAUGACCUGUGGCCGAGACGGUGAGCCUGAACCCAUGCAGAAACUCCAGGACCUGGUAAACCGGACUCCGUGGAAGCGCUGCUGUUUCUCUGGCGAUGGCGAGUACAUCGUGGCCGGCUCCGCCCGGCAGCACGCCCUCUACAUCUGGGAGAAGAGCAUCGGCAACCUGGUGAAGAUCCUCCAUGGAACCAGAGGAGAGCUGCUGCUGGAUGUUGCUUGGCAUCCUGUCCGUCCGAUCAUCGCCUCCAUCUCCAGCGGAGUGGUGUCCAUCUGGGCUCAGAACCAAGUGGAAAACUGGAGCGCCUUCGCUCCGGACUUCAAAGAGCUGGAUGAGAACGUGGAGUACGAGGAGCGAGAGUCCGAGUUCGACAUCGAGGACGAAGACAAGAGUGAACCCGAGCAGACAGGCGCAGACGCUGCGGAGGACGAGGAGGUGGACGUCACCACAGUUGACCCCAUAGUUGCUUUCUGCAGCAGUGACGAGGAGCUGGAGGACUACAAGGCCCUGCUGUACCUGCCCAUCGCCCCCGAGGUGGAGGAUCCAGAGGAAAACCCCUUCGGCCCCCCGCCGGACGCCGCGGUCCAGACCGCCGCCCCGGAGGAGGCGUUGGCCGCAGGCGACAAGAAGCAGCGGCAGCCUUCGUCCGAAGGAGGCCCGACCAAGAAGAAGGCUCGCACUACCACCAUUGAACUGCAGGGGGUGCCCAGUGACGAGGUGCACCCCCUGCUGGGAGUGAAGGGGGACGGCAAGUCCAAGAAGAAGACAGCAGGCCGGCCCAAAGGCUCCAAAGGGAGUCUGGUGUCGCAGUCGUACAAACAACACGACCUCGGGGGGAUGGACUGAUCGCCGCCGGGUCCCUUUUGUGAAAGGAGCCGCGGGACGGGCCGAGACCGAGAGACACAGGAAAAACAGACUGUGAGCGAGCAGCCGGCCGGAUGUGCUGCCUGUUUCCUCCAGAGCACGCCGUCACCGGAAGACCUCCUCCACCCCAGAAGACCUCCUCCUCCUCCACCCCGGGAAGACCUCCUCCACCCCAGAAGACCUCCUUCUCCUCCUCCACCCGGGAAGACCUCCUCCACCCCAGAAGACCUCCUCCUCCUCCUCCACCCCGGAAGACCUCCUCCUCCUCCUCCACCCCAGAAGACCUCCUCCUCCUCCACCCCGGGAAGACCUCCUCCACCCCAGAAGACCUCCUCCUCCUCCACCCGGGAAGACCUCCUCCACCCCGGAAGACCUCCUCCACCCCAGAAGACCUCCUCCUCCUCCUCCUCCACCCCAGAAGACCUCCUCCACCCCAGAAGACCUCCUCCUCCACCCCGGAUCGCUUGACCCGGAGCCCACAAAAAAAAAAGAGAUUGUGAGGCGUUUAAAGCCGUCGCGGUAGAAAUCACGCGUCCUCUUUUUUCUGUAGGAUUCAUCAUGUAUAGAACGCCGUGUGUGUGUGUGUGUGUGUGUGUGGUGUGUGUGUGUGUUGUGUUGUGUGUGUGUGUGUGUGUGUGUGUGUGUGUGUGUGUGUGUGUGUGUGUGUGUGUGUGUGUGUGUGUGUGUGUGUGUGUGUGUGUGUGUGUGUGUGUGUGUGUGUGUGUGUGUGUGUGUGUGUGUGUGUGUGUGUGUGUGUGUGUGUGUGUGUGUGUGUGUGUGUGUGUGUGUGUCUUUCUUCGUUUUUAUACGUAUUAAAACAUUUUGAUUUGUAAAUAACUGUGUGGUUUCUGAGGCAGAUUCCCUCUUUGUGUCAAAAAAAAUACAACGAUGAUUCACUUUUUAAAAAGUAUUUAUAUUUAGACGGUAACAGUUAAAACAAGUCUCACGGGUGGUUUGAAGCAUCCGUUAUUCAUAACUCAGUAAAAACUUGUUUUGGACUAAAUCAUA